UUUUGAUUAUAGGCGCUAUCUCUUGUCACACACACUCACUUUCCCUUCUCUGUUUCUCUUCUUUUUCACUCCUCUGUUUCAAUUCACUACAAACAACGAUUCACACUAAAAUCACCCACCUUUUUCACCAUUUUCAAUCUUGCUACGCUCUUUCAAGGUUUGUGGAAUCUGGUUCCGUUUUUCCAUUUUGAGAAUCUUCAAUCACUUGACAAUUAUGUAUCCUGGUGGUUAUACUGCUGAAAUUACAAACUUAUCUCCAAGAGCUACAGAAUCUGAUGUGCACAAUUUUUUUGGAUACUGUGGUGUAAUUGAGCGUGUCGACGUAAUAAGAUCCAGUGAUUAUGAGUCUAUUGCAUAUGUGACUUUUAAGGAUGCUUAUGCCCUGGACACUGCAUUAUUGCUGAAUGGAUCCAUGAUUUUGGACACAUGCAUUUCCAUUUCUCGCUGGGAAGCUUAUACAGAUGACAACAAUAAUUGGAACAAUCAUACAUCAAACCAUGAAGACAGUAUUACAUACUCACAAGAUCUUCACAUUGAUAAGUUUGUAUCUUCCCCUGGUGAAGCACUUACAAUGGCCCAACAAGUUGUCAAAACAAUGGUAGCUAAAGGAUAUGUUCUGAGCAAAGAUGCAUUUGUGAUGGCAAAAGCUUUUGACGAAUCGCGCAAUGUAUCAUCCACAGCAGCAACCAAGGUUGCUGAACUCAGCAACAAAAUUGGAUUGACUGAAACCAUAAAUUCAGGAAUUGAAACUUUUAAAUCUGUGGAUGAGAAGUAUCAUGUUACAGAUAUCACCAAAUCAGCCGCAGCGGUAACUGGGACGACAGCUAUAGUUGUAGCGACGGUUACAGGGAGAGCAGCUGUUGCUGCCAGCAGUGCUAUAGUCAAUAGCAGCUACUUUGCAAAAGGAGCUCUUUGGGUUUCAGAUAUGUUAUCUCGUGCCGCGAAAUCUGCAGCCGAUUUGGGCCAUCAUCAAAACAACUGAAACUUCAAAAUAUACAACUUAAAUGUUUAUUUGUUGUACACAAACAAACAAACAGCAAUUGUUUGGUGAUACUGUAUUUGUUUGUGGCUACUUAUCUUGUGCAAAUGUUGAUAUAUAUAAUUAUUUUUGGAGGAUCAAUGAUAAGCAGCAAUUUGUUUAUGCAUGUAUCCUAAUAGAAAUCAUAACACCUUGUUGAGUUUAUAUUUGUAUGUAUUGAGUUUCUUGUC